CCGAAAACAUAGUCUUGAAGCCUUUUGAUAGGUGUCUAAAAUGCCGACAAGAACAGGCGGUUCGAAUUUCCAGAGCACCACAAAACACCCAAGUGGUUGAUAUAUCGCUGCUUUUUAAGCCGAUCGUUGGUGGGCGUGAUAGCCUACUCACCGUCUUGGGACCUCCGGUUUGCGUUACCAGCGAUUGGACUUUCGUCUGUCGGUUUAUCCAUCAACUUCUCAAGAAAAAAAAAAAAACACCCCGCACAUUUUCAAGAUAGAGGAGACAAUACGAGCAUUUUUAAAUACCUUGCUUUUACCAAUCUAAUCAUCACAACCACCUCACAUUGAUUUUAAUUCAUCCGUCAGCAAAGGAUUUUACUUCAAUGACGGUCACCGUUCCUGUUAAAUUGGCUAAUUAUCUAUGUCUGUGGGCACGUUCAAGAAAAGCGGACGAAGACACAGCGGGCGGACGUGCACCCAGACUUAAACAAAUAAAAUAAGUCGGCAAUAAUUAUUUAACCCUACUUACGAGCAAUUAAACAUUGGCUUGCCUGGUGUCUAAGCUACUACACGGCAGCAGACUGCUGCUUCCACCCGCAGUCUUCAUUAAUAUGUGUCCAUGGCGAAAAGUUUUCGGUAUUCGGACUAAUUCAGUCAGCUCAAUGAAUAUAUUUAUAUUAUCUAAAAAGUUGGUUUUCGCGGGGCGUCGCAUUUGUGAAUAUGGAGUUUGAGGACAACGUCAGCUGCGUUGAUUGUCUACCCCACGGUCCGAAUGAGAGCAGCUUCACGGCGCAGACCUCGUCCGCUGGUGUGACAACAGCGCUGGCCAGCGUGCUGAUAUUUACCAUCAUCGUUGACAUACUGGGGAAUCUGCUGGUUAUUUUGUCAGUGUUUAGAAACAAGAAGCUGAGAAAUGCAGGGAACAUCUUUGUGAUCAGCCUGUCCGUGGCGGACCUGGUGGUGGCGGUGUACCCCUACCCCCUGGUGCUCACCGCCAUAUUCCACAACGACUGGACCAUGGGAGACACCCACUGCCAGAUCAGCGGCUUCAUCAUGGGGCUAAGCGUCAUCGGCUCCAUCUUCAACAUCACCGCCAUCGCCAUCAACCGCUACUGCUACAUCUGCCACAGCCUGCAGUACGACCGGCUCUACAGCAUCCGCAACACCUGCUGCUACCUGUGCCUCACCUGGGCCCUGACCGCCAUCGCCACCGUGCCCAACUUCUUCGUGGGCUCCCUGCAGUACGACCCGCGGGUCUUCUCCUGCACCUUCGCGCAGACGGUCAGCUCGUACUACACCAUCACCGUGGUGCUCGUCCACUUCCUCAUCCCGCUGCUGGUGGUGUCCUUCUGCUACCUGCGCAUCUGGGUUUUGGUGAUCCAGGUAAAGCAUCGGGUCAAGCCGGACGGCAAGCAGAAGGUCAAGCCCGGCGACCUGCGCAACUUCCUGACCAUGUUUGUGGUGUUUGUCUUGUUCGCAGUUUGCUGGGCGCCGCUCAACUUUAUCGGCCUGGCGGUGGCCAUCGACCCACUGAGGGUGGCUCCCCUCAUCCCCGAGUGGCUCUUCGUCACCAGCUACUUCAUGGCCUACUUCAACAGUUGCCUCAACGCCGUCGUCUACGGGCUGCUCAACCAAAACUUUCGCAAGGAGUACAAGCGGAUUGUCCUGAGCCUGUGCGCCCCCCGCCUGCUCUUCCUGGACACGUCCAAGUGCGGGACGGAGGGGCUGAAAAGCAAGCCGUCGCCCGCGGUGACCAACAACAACCUGGCGGAAAUAAAUUUGUGAACUCAACAAAAUCUAAUCAGACAGAGGAUAUUCCGCAUCGCUGUUUGCUUUAUCUGGCCACAUUGUAACCUAUGUGUACAUUUUCAACAGAAAAAUGGAUGGAGAUGGGAGAUCUCGACAGAGCCUUCUUACUAUAUGAUGAUCGUUUACCUGUCUUUGCAUUUGGAAGAAGCAGCCAAUUUUGGAUUACUUGUUUUUGGCAUUUAAAAAAAAUCUCUUCAAAAGGGUAUUUUUUCAUAAAUGUUUCUGGUUAUUAAAAUAUAAUAUAUUUACAUGUAUUUUUGUGAUAUGAUAUUGCAAAGGAGAACAUUGAGAGUGAAUUCUUUUGCAUGAAUUUACUUCCAGAAAUAAAUAUCUUGCAUUGAAUUUUCUGUAUUUACAAUUCUAUGCUGGUGUGGCUGCUUGGUUAUGUCACAUCAGCAUUUAAUAUCCAGCUGAUUGGCUUCAUGUCAGAAAAAAACAAUAA